CGUGGUCCCUGGCGCCUGGAAUGCAUGCUGUCUUCUCGCUGGGAGUGGAGUACCCGAUGGAAACACGACGGUGUAGGUGUCAGAGCCAGUCACGUCAGUCUCCUGUACACAACACAUGGGGUUAAAGGCAACAAUUAAAGUGAUGGUGUGGCGACCCACUUUCUGCGCAGGCGAACCAGCUCACAAAAAGCCAACGCACGGGGAGAGACUUUGGUAAUGCAUCUUUGACGUCAUUUCCGCCCGGAGAGGGUGGGCACUAGGGAUUAAAUGCCAGCACUGCGAAGUUUGAAUAAACUAGCCUCCAAACAGCUUACCAACUGCGUGUCAUCUCUAGCUCUGUAUGUAGCACAUCGCUACAUUGGUGACCCCGACGGUCCAAAUGGGAUUUGGACCAAAGAUGACCGACUUUUCACCAGUUUACCCAGUUUCACUAAAACUGCCGACUUUCUGGACGCUGCGACCACUCGUGCGGUUUAGACAAGCAGAAGCCCAGUUCCAGAUUUGGCAGAUAUCCUCUGAUUCCACGCGUUACUACCACGUGGUGAGUGCCCUUGACCAGGAGACGGCUGCCCAGGUUGCGGAUUUCAUUCAGUCGCCCCCGGAAGAAGGCAAAUAUGAAGCAUUCAAAGCGCUGCUCAUUGGGACCUUUGGCCUCUCGCGGCGUGAGCCGGGUGCCCGCCUGCUUCACCUGGACGGUUUGGGAGACAGAUUGCCAUCAGCAUUGAUGAACGAGAUGCUGGCCCUGGCUGACGGACACAAGCCCUGCCUCAUGUUCGAGCAAGCGUUCCUAGAGCAACUGUCUGAGGACAUACAUCUGCUGCUGGCUGACGCAGAUUUCAGCGACCCCUGGAAGGUGGCAGACCGGGCAGGCGUGCUGUGGAAAGCCAAGAGGGAGAGAGUGGCAUCCGUCAGUCAGAUUACCAGGCCACGCGCCCAACAGCAGACCAGACCAGGCCCGGCAGGGGGGCACACACAACACAGAGGCAGGAGUGAGGAGGACAGUGAACAGUGGUGUUUCUACCACCAGCGGUGGGGCACAGAAGCCUGCUGUUGUCGCCCGCCCUACAAGGGCCAGGGCCAGCUGCUGCUAAUGACUAUGGCCGCUGGCCACCAGGACAGCCUCUUGUACGUCUGGGACAAACAGUCGGGACAUUGCUUCUUGGUCGACACUGGAGUGAAAAUCAGUGUCUUGCCCCCGACAGGGUACGACACCCGCAACAGGAAGCCAGAACCCACCCUGACGGCUGCAAACAGCAGCACGAUAUGGACCUACAGCACCCGCACAGUGCAGCUGCAGUUCAGCGCCAGCCAGUUCACGUGGGACUUCACACAGGCCACGGUGGCCCAACCACUCCUGGGGGCGGACUUCUUGCGAGCCCACAGCCUACUGGUUGACUUGCAAGGGAAAAGACUGGUACAUGCCGAGACUUUCCAGACAUUCUCCCUGGGUGAAGCCAAGUUGCCGGCCCCACACCUGGACUCCCAUCACGCUGUCGGACAACGAAUUCACCAGAAUCCUGGCGGACUUUCCAUCGAUUCUGGCACCGCAGUUCACGGCAGCCAUGCCCAGACACGGGGUACAGCACCACAUCCCGACCCAGGGACCACUCCUCCACGCCUGCGCACGAAGGCUCCCCCCUGGAAAAGCUCCACCUGGCAAAGGAGGAGUUCAAAAGAAUGGAGGAAUUGGGGAUCGUACAGAGGUCCGACAGCCCAUGGGCCUCCCCCCCGCACAUGGUGCCCAAAGCAGCCAGGGGUUGGAGACCAUGCGGCAACUACCGCAGAUUGAACGAGGCUACAACU